UCUGAUUACGGUCUCUGCUUUAUACGAUCUACUUAUAACGGCAUUCUCGUCACGUGGUCACGCAUUUGAAGCGCGCAAGCCGUUAUUCGACUCCAGAGUAGAUCGUCGUCUUCUUUCGCUGUGUUUUUGUCAAACAACACACACUUUUGACAGACUGUCCACAAACUUUACAAAUGGGCUCAUUUUUUUCUUCUCCUUUGACACAACAACCGCCUUACGUGUUCGAUCUGACCGAGUCUGAGCGCAAAGAAGUUGAAGAAAAAGAAGAUGGUAUUUUUGCAGCAUUCCAUGCAUGUAAUUUGGCCAUUUGUGAAAGCAUGUAUCAGCAGAAUGCUCUCGCCAAAAUCGAAGAGGAGAAGUUUAAAGUGUACAGACGUUACUGGAGUGGAGUGGUUGAGAAGUUGAAGGAGAAAUACCCCCAGUGGACUUCUGAAGACAUCUUGAACCUUAGAUUUCAUUUUGAGGCUGUUACCGAAGAUUACAAGUAUCUUCUCCACUUCUGUGCCCUCGAUGAGCUGCUUGAGCUCUUUCAGGUGGACUUUUCUCCUGAGCAGCGCAGAGCGAUGUUUGACGCUGCAGACACUCAUCAAUGCAGCGCCAUCAACUUUGAGGGGUUUCUUCAGCUGAUGAACAAUAUGAACAUUAGGACACCUGUACCGAGGCCUGCUGGGAUUGAAGAGAACAGAGAUGAGAUUAUGAUGGCGUUGUCUGAUGUAGCAGAAGCUCACCCCUUUACACAGAUGAGUUAUGGUUUGUUCUAAACUACAGUGAUUUUGUAAAUAGUUUUGUCAACUAGUUCUGUUCAUCUGUGUUCUGUUAACUCUCUCCCAAAUGGGUUUUGUCUUUUAAGUGGCAUACAUAGAAAAUUAACUUAGUUUUAAAUUAAAUUACUUCAGUUUUUAA